AUGUUCGUCCAGAUGAUGCUUUAUUGUGUUUUCCACCGAAGGAGUUUCAGUAUCAACCACACGAUAAAACGAUCAACAUGCAAAAGUUCUUGCUGCAACUUGUUGAAAAUGAUUUAAUUGUUUUUCCUAUUGUUUAUUUGUUGUUUUUGUUGGAUAAUGUAUUGUUAACUGUCGUUGUACCAAUCAUUCCUGAUUACCUAUUUUCAAAUGAGUUUAAUAUGAGCAGUACAGACAACCGCUUUGGACCAGCUUCUUUAAGCCCACUUCAAAGAAAAUUUGAACAUCUGGAAGACGAAAAUGGUCCAUUGGGUGCUUUAUUGGCAUCCAAAGCUUUUGUUCAACUGGCAUUUACACCUCUGAUAGGAUACUUGGUGGGGAUUUUAGGAUGCUAUGUGCCGCUGUUAGUUGGUUCUGGAAAUAUGCUGUUGGCUUCGAUAUUGUUUGCUUGUGGUAGUACGUACGGAGUAUUAGUCUUAGCCCGAGCCCUCCAUGGCAGUGCUUCAGCAGCAAUUGCUGUAAGUGGAAUGAGCCUUCUUGCGAAAAAAUUUCCUCCAAGCUUGAGAGUGAAACUGAUGCCUAUAGCUUUUGGAGGUAUAGCUCUCGGAGUACUCAUUGGAUAUCCUCUGGGAGGCGCUGUCUAUCAGAUGCUGGGAAAAUCAGCACCUUUUAUUUUUAUUUCCUUCUUUAUAUUGAUUAGCAUGUUAUUGCAGAUUGUCUACUUACGAGAGGAAGAAAUACAUACCGAAGAAAACAGCACAAGUUAUCAGGAAUGUAUUGAUCUUGUGAAAGAUAAAAAGACAAUUAUUGUUAUCGUUAUUAUUUGCGUCUCUACUUCAACUAUGGCUGUAUUAGAACCUUGCGUACCCAUGUGGUUGCUGGCUAGACUAGAUCCACCUCCAUCUAGAUGGCAGUUGGGGGCAGUGUUUAUUCCCGAUAGCGUUGGCUAUUUUAUUGGAUCUCAUUUUGCAGGUCUUCUGCCGAUGGUCCCGUGGAGAACAUCCAUAAUAGCGAUGGUGUUGAUUGGACUAAGCUGCUACGCUCUUCCAUUAGCAAAUACGAUGUCACAGUUGUCUCUGCCACAUUUUGGCAUCGGUCUGGGUGUGGGAGCUGUGGAUGCAGCUUUGGUUCCUCUUUUAGCAUCUUUUGUGGAUUAUAGGGGAGGUAAUCAAUAUGGACCAAUAUAUGCUCUUCAGCAAGCAUCUGUAUCAAUCUCCUACUCGUUUGGUCCGUUAUUGGGGGGACAAGCUAUACACAUUAUAGGAUUUCCUUGGUUAAUACGAAUUGUUGGUUUCUUUAAUUUGUUAGUCUCACCUUUACUGUUGGAAUUGGAAGAGAAGUCAGAAAUAAUGCCAUUUAUGACAGAAUCUGCUUCUUCUUACACAGAAUGGAACAAAAUAGGUAAUGGUAACUAACUUAUAAGUAUAAGUAUAUGUAUAUUAUUGAUCUAAAAAGGG